AUGAUAGCAGGCACACUGGGUCCAGUCGCGUCAGCAUUCAGUAUCUGCGCCCUGGCAAGACCAUGGCGACAGAACUACCUCCCCGGCUCCGACCUGGAUGCGGCCCCGUUCAUCAGGGACCCAAUAUGGCUCACCAUCAUCAACGCCAUCCAGCUGCUCAUCGCGCUCAUAGCCAACAUGGCUCUGUUGCUGAACAUGACGCAGCGACUGAGGUUUUCCAUCGCCCAGCCAGUCACCAUUGUGGGAUGGUACAUCUCCUCCAUAUGCCUAAUUUCUCUCACCGCAACCGCCUCUGGCCCACUGAUCAUCGAGCCCACCAACCAAUACAUCUGGUCCCAGGCCUUCUACUACGGCAUCUACGGCGCCGCUCUUUACUUCCUCGUCGCUUCCCUCAUGGUCAUCACAUUUGUCGGGGCUCAAACAGAGCACUACCCCAAAGACUUUGUGCUCACCCCUAGCCAAAGGACACUGAUGAUGCAGACUAUCUUGCUGCUCUUCUACCUCCUCCUUGGCGCGUUGUUAUUCGGUAGGAUUGAAGGCUGGAACUAUCUUGACGCGGUGUACUGGGCGGCUGUCACCCUUUUUACCGUAGGGUUCGGGGACUUCUCCCCACAAACCGGUCUGGGGAAGGGACUGGUCAUGCCGUUUGCUUUGGUGGGGAUCAUCAGCCUCGGUCUUGUCAUUGGGUCGAUUCGAAGCUUGGUACUUGAUCGUGGCAGGCGUAGGCUUAGCGCCCGGAUGGUGGAAAAGAGAAGGCGGAGGAUGCUAAAGCAGAUGACGAAGAAGGGCAAAGAUGGUAUUCUCGUGCCUAUAAAAGAGGGCGAGGAGCUCAGGCAGACGCCUUCCGAGGUUGAUCGCGGCCUGACCGAGUUUGAGAGGCGAGAGAAAGAGUUCAAGCUGAUGAGGGAUAUCCAAAAGGAGACGUCAAAAAAGAGGAGGUGGUAUGCCACUGCCGUUUCAGCGUGCACCUGGGCUGCGUUGUGGUUAGGGGGGGCAAAGAUCUUCCAGGCCUGUGAGGAACCAUACCAGGGGUGGACGUAUUUUGAUGGGAUAUUCUUUUGCUUUGUGAGCUUGACGACUAUCGGCUACGGGGACAUCGUCCCGGUCUCUAACGCGGGGAAGUCCUUCUGGGUGUUUUGGGCGUUGUUGGCUUUGCCGACCAUGACGGUGUUAAUCUCCAACGCCGGUGACACAGUGGUUAAGGGUAUCCGCGACGCCACCGACGCCAUCGCUACCAUCACCAUCCUCCCUAGUGAACGCCCCUUCAAAAAGGACCUUAAACGGUUUCUCAAACAUGUUUCGUUUGGGGUGCUCUUCAAAGAAGAAAUCAUUGAGGAAACACCCACUGGCAUUUUAGGCGAGGCUCAAGACCGCGACAACACCAGCUCGGACUCGGUAGAAGAAAACGACGCCGAGACAGCCCUUCAGCGGGGUCAAGCCGAGUCAUCGAAUUCAUCACCUACCUCCCCCAGAGUUAGAUUCAACCCGCCCUUUCGAAACGAUGACGCUCAUGACAAAAACAUUGACGAUAACACCGCCGAUGAGAACCACCCCCACGGUCCUGGUCAACAUCUCCGGGAAAGGAAGAAAAGAAGGAAAUCUGCCCCGUUUACUCUGCCAAAUCGCCAGCAGGAUUAUUUGGUCAUUUUGAUCGAUGAAGUUGCGAGGGUUACGGCGCAUUUGAAGGAGCACCCUCCGAGAAAGUACUCGUUUAAGGAGUGGGCGUGGUAUUUGAGGUUGAUUGGGGAGGAUGAGAGUGAUGCUGGUCAGCAUGGGAGGGCGAGCACGCAUGUGAGGACGAAGAAGGAUAAGUUUAGGGGGGGGAGGCCGAAUGAGGGGUUAGAUGAUAGGGGGGAGGCGAGGGUCACGGAGAAGGUGGUGCCGUGGAGUUGGGUGGGGAGUAAGAGUCCCUUGAUGGGGGGGAAGGAGGAGGCGGAGUGGAUUUUGGAGAGGUUGAUUGAGCGGCUGGGGGAGGAGUUGAGACGGGGGAGGAGAGAGGGGGAUGAUGAUCAGGAGGGGGAAGGGCAGCAUGAUGAACACGAGGGGAGAGGGGGGCGUGAUGAACUGUAG